AUGCGACAAGGCUACUACGGUACGUCGGGUCCACCCGCUCCUGUCAAAGCCCUCACAGACCUGAAGCUCCACCUGGCCAACGCCUCUCACCCCGCGUCCUCAUCCUCCUCCUCCGACAUGGUAGUCAUCCACCCGGGCGCCGUGCUGGCCAUCCUGGACCUGCUGCCCUCCGUCUGCUCAGAAAGCCAGCCGGAGCACGCCCUGGACCUGCAGCUGGCGGUGGCCAACAUCCUGCAGCUCCUGGUAAACAGUGAGAGGAACCAGCAGGUUCUGUGUGAAGCCAGCCUCCACCAGCGGCUGCUGCAGCGCUGCAGCCAGGCCCUGGGCGACGAGGACCACCCGCUGCACCCCCCGCUGCAGAGGAUGUUUGAGAGGCUGGCUUCUCAGGCCCUGCAGCCGAUGGCACUCAGGGAGUUCUUGCGCCUUGGGAACCCUCUGAACUGCGGCGCCUGGGACAAGAAGCUUCUGAAGCAGUACCGGGUUCACAAACCGAGCUCUCUCAGCUACGACGCCGAGAUGAGAAACAGUAUGACCAUGUCCAUGGAGGGCUUCGGUCCUGACAGCGUCUUCGCCACGCCGGCGGAGGACAACGGGCAGUACCGCAUCAGCCGCAGCCUGGUGCGCUCUGCCGAGGGCAGCACCGUGCCGCUGACCCGGGUCAAGUGCCUGGUGUCCAUGACAACGCCCCACGACAUACGCCUGCACGGAUCGGCUGUCACGCCUGCAUUCGUGGAGUUUGACACCUCACUGGAGGGCUUCGGGUGCCUGUUUCUGCCCAGCCUAGCACCUCACAACGCCCCCACCAACAACACCAACGCCUCAGGUGUCAGUGAUGGAGCCGUGCUGAGCGGCAUGGGUACAGGGGAGCGCUUGUUUCCUCCUCCGUCAGGCCUCAGCUACUCCACCUGGUUCUGUGUGGAGCGUUUCAGCGCCGCCCCUCACGCCCACCCGGUGCGCCUGCUGACGGUGGUGCGCCGGGCCACGUCCUCAGAGCAGCACUACGUGUGUUUGGCGGUGGUUCUGUCCACCAAGGACCGCUCGCUAACCGUCUCCACCAAGGAGGAGCUGCUGCAGUCAUACUCAGCGGACGAGUCGAGUGAAGAAGCCGCCUUCUAUGAGAUCCUGCCCUGCUGCGCACGCUUCCGCUGCGGAGAGCUGAUCGCAGAGGGCCAGUGGCACCACCUGGUGCUGGUCAUGAGCAAAGGCAUGCUGAAGAACAGCAUGACCACUCUGUACCUGGACGGACAGCUCAUCAGCACUGUCAAGCUGCACUAUGUCCACAGUGCUCCGGGAGGCUCUGGCUCCACCAACCCCCCCGUGCUGAGCACCGUGUACGGGUACGUGGGCACGCCCCCCGCCCAGAGACAGCUCUCCAGCCUGGUGUGGCGUCUGGGGCCCAGCCACUUCCUGGAGGAGGUGCUGCCGGCCACCAGCGUCGCUGCCAUCUUUGAACUGGGACCCAUCUACGUGGGCAGCUUCCAGGCCGUCUACCUGCCCUGUAAAGACUCGAAGACGGAGGUAGCCCCCGCAUCCCCGGUAGCGUUGGUACCAGAGGAGAAGGUGUCCUUCAGUCUGUACGCGCUCUCGGUCUCCACUCUCACCGUUGCCAAGAUCAGGAAAGUCUACAACAAACUGGACAGCAAGGCCAUCGCCAAACAGCUCACUGUGUCCUCUCAUGAAAACGCCACUCCUGUCAAAUUGAUCCAUAACGCCGCCGGCCAUCUCAACGGACCAGCACGUACCAUCGGAGCUGCCGUCAUUGGAUACUUGGGCGUCCGCGCCUUCGUGGCCAAACCCGUGGCCACCAACCUGCAAUAUGUUGGUGGGGCGGCAGCCAUCUUGGGCUUGGUUGCCAUGGCGUCAGAUGUGGAAGGGCUGUAUGCAGCUGUCAAAGCUUUGGUGUGUGUUGUAAAGAGCAACCCCCUGGCCAGCAAGGAGAUGGAGCGCAUCAAAGGCUACCAGCUGCUGGCUAUGCUGCUGAAGAAGAAGCGCUCGCUGCUCAACAGCCACAUCCUCCACCUCACCUUCUCUCUGGUGGGAACCGUGGACAGCGGCCACGAGACCUCCAUCAUUCCCAACUCCACCGCUUUCCAGGACCUGCUCUGUGACUUCGAGGUGUGGCUCCACGCUCCCUACGAGCUCCAUCUCUCUCUGUUUGAGCAUUUCAUCGAACUGCUGACAGAGUCCAGCGAGGCAGCUAAGAAUGCCAAACUGCUCAGGGAGUUCCAGCUGGUCCCCCGGCUGCUGCUGACCCUGAGGGACGCCUCCCUGUCCCAGCCCACCGUAGCUGCCAUCAGCAACGUGCUCAGUCUGCUGCUGCAGGGCUUCCCCAACCAGUACGAUCUGCUGAGGUUUGGCCAGUUCAUCUCUUCUACUCUUCCCACAUUUGCUGUAUGUGAGAAGUUUGUCGUCAUGGAAAUCAAUAACGAUGAAAAGAUAGAUGGAGGUAAUGACGAUGAUUUCGGUGGUCUCCUGUCAGCCAACAUUAUUCUGCUGAGAAACCGACUGCUUGACAACCUGCUCAGACUGCUCUUCACCACCAAAGAGAAGUGCACUGUCAACGCCCAAGCUUGUGAGGAGCUGGUGCGGACGCUGGGCUUUGACUGGCUCCUGAUGUUCAUGGAGGAACACCUUCACUCGAGCUCGGUCACGGCGGCUCUGUGGAUCCUGGUGGUGCUGCUCUCCAACCAGUCCAUCCUCAACCGCUUCAAAGAGGGCCUGUGUGGGGGGGGCUGGCUCGACCACACCGACAUCGUCCUGACCAAUAAGAUCGGCUCAGUGCUGGGCUUCAACGUGGGCCGGAGUGCUGGCGGGCGCUCCACGGUGCGGGAGAUCAACCGGGACGCGUGCCACUUCCCCGGCCUGCCCGUGCUGCAGACGCUGCUGCCCAAACACACCAACGUGCCGGAGCUCUACUUCCUGCUCAUGGCGUUGUUCCUGCAGCAGCCCGUCACCGAGCUGCCGGACAGCCUGCAGUUUGACCUGGACUCCCUCUGGACGUUCAUUUUUGGCAUACCAGCCUCUAGUGGGACAGUGGUAGGCUCCAUCCACAACGUGUACACCGAGGCUGCCUUCUUGCUGCUGGCCAUGCUGCGCAGCAUGCUCAACCUGCCAUGGCAGUCAGAGGAGGAAGGCUCCUGGCUGCGUGAUUACCCGGUCACCCUCAUGCAGUUCUUUAGAUAUCUUUACCACAACUUGACCGACCUGGCGUCUAUGUGGCACAGUGCUGAGUUCCUCUGUGCCCUGGCAGCGACUGUCUUCCCUUUCAACAUCAGACCCUACUCCGAGAUGGUCACUGAUCUGGACGACGAGGCAGGGUCUCCCGCAGAGGAGUUCAAGGCCUUUGCCGGGGACUCCGGUAUGAACCGCAGCCAGUCUGAAUACUGUAACGUGGGCUCCAAGACGUCUCUAACCAACCACCCUGCCAAAAAGUACGUCUUCGACUUCAUGAGGGUCCUGAUCAUGGACAACCUCUGCAUGACCCCGGCCAGCAAGCAGACGCCCAUCAUCGACCUGCUGCUUGAGGCCUCCCCUGAGCGCUCCACCAGAACCCAGCAGAAAGAGUUUCAGUCCAACAUCCUGGACGGCGUCAUGGAGCAUCUUCUGGCUGCUGAUGUGCUGCUAGGUGAAGAUGCCUCUCUGCCCCUCAGCAGCGGGGGCAGCUAUCAGAUUCUGGUCAACAAUGUGUUCUACUUCACCCAACGCGUGGUGGACAAGCUGUGGCAGGGCAUGUUCAACAAGGACUCCAAGCUGGUGGUGGACUUCAUCGUGCAACUCAUAGGACAGUCCAAGCGGCGUUCCCAGGGUCUGUCCCUGGACACCAUCUACCACUGUCUGAACCGGACGGUGCUGUACCAGCUUUGUCGACCCCACAAGACGGUGGCUCAGCAGGUGGCCCUGCUGGAUGCCCUGAGGGUCCUGACCGUCAACCGCAACCUGGUGCUGGGGCCGGGCAACCACGACCAGGACUUUGUGGCCUGCCUGGCUCACUGCUUCAUCUGCCUGCACAGUGGAAGCAGCGUGGAGGGCUUCGGUCUGGAAGCGGAGGCCAGGAUGACAACCUGGCACGUCAUGAUGCCCACGGAGAACGAGACGGACACUACGCACAGCCAGGACGUCAGCGAGGGGCGGCAGCUGCUGCUGAAGGCGGUGAACAGGGUGUGGACGGAGCUGAUGCACAGCAAGAGGCAGAUGCUUGAGGACAUAUUCAAAGUGUCUCUUCCCUGCAACGACAGAGGACACGUGGACAUCGCCACGGCCAGGCCCGCCCUGGAGGAGCCGGCCCUGAAGAGCUGGCAGAACCACCUGGUCCAUGAGAAGAAGUGCAUCAGUCGCGGGGAGGCAGCGGCGCCAGUGACCCAGUCCAAACUGUCCCGGGUCAGCAGCAACUUCGGCCUCUCCAAGCUGACAGGCGUCCGGCGCAACAAGAGGGAGAACAGCCUGAACAAAAACAGCCUGUCUGCACAGGAGACGUUCCAGUGGAUGUUCACACACAUUGCUGUUGUUCGAGACCUGGUGGCCAUGCAGUACAAAGAAUAUCAAGAGCGGCAGCAGAACGCUCUGAAGUACGUGACAGAGGAAUGGGCGUCCAUCGAAUACGAGCUGCUGCGUGAGAGGGGCCUCUGGGGCCCGCCCAUCGGCUCCAGCCUGGACAAGUUUGUGCUGGAGAUGACGGAGGGGCCCUGCCGGAUGAGGAAGAAGAUGGUCCGCAACGACCUGUUCUAUAUCCACUACCCAUUCAUCCCUGAGCUGGAGCCAAACAGCAACUCAGCACAGAAGCCUCUCCGUUACCGGCGGGCCAUCAGCUACGACAGUAAGGAGUACUACGUGCGUUUGCUGUCUGGAAACCCCGGCAUGUACCAGCACUCUGUCGAGCACACCACAGAAGGAGAGACCACCCAGCAUGAGCCUGAGCACGGAGAGGACACCAUCGCAAGAGUCAAAGGCCUGGUGAAGGCUCCUCUGAAGAGGUCCCGGUCCACAGCGGACGGAGCCGACGAGGACAGCCAGGACCAGCUUCAGGACCAGCUGCUGGAGUCAGGGGGCCCCGAGGAAGAGCAGAGGACCGACAACACGUCCCUGCUGCGCCUCCUGGAGGAGGGAGAGAAGAUUCAGCACAUGUACCGCUGUGCCAGGGUGCAGGGUUUGGACACCAGCGAGGGUCUGCUGCUGUUUGGGAAGGAGCACUUCUACGUCAUCGACGGCUACACCAUGACGGUGUCCAGGGAGAUCAGGGACAUCGACACGCUGCCCCCCAAUUUACACGAGGCCAUCAUCCCCAGAGGAGCGAGGCAAGGACAGAGCCUGCUGAAAAGAACCUGCAGCAUAUUCGCCUAUGAGGACAUCAAGGAAGUGCACAAGAGACGCUACCUGCUGCAGCCCAUGGCAGCGGAAGUCUUCUCUGCAGAUGGGAGGAACUACCUGUUAGCCUUCCAGAAAGGAGUCCGCAACAAAGUGUACCAAAGGUUCUUGGCGGUGGUGCCUUCACUGGCUGACAGCUCCGAGUCGGUUUCAGGACAGAGGCCCAACACCAGCGUGGAGCAAGGAUCUGGGCUCCUCAGCACGCUGGUCGGAGAGAAGUCAGUGACUCAGAGAUGGGAGCGAGGAGAGAUCAGUAACUUCCAGUACCUGAUGCAUCUGAACACGUUGGCAGGACGAUCCUACAACGACCUCAUGCAGUACCCCGUGUUCCCCUGGAUCCUGGCCGACUUUGACUCAGAGGAACUGGACCUAAACAACCCCAAGACGUUCCGUAACCUCGCCAAGCCGAUGGGUGCCCAGACCGACGACAGACUGACGCAGUACAAGAAGCGGUACAAGGACUGGGAAGACCCCACCGGUGAAACCCCAGCAUACCACUACGGCACACACUACUCAUCAGCCAUGAUCGUAGCCUCCUAUCUGGUCCGGAUGGAGCCCUUCACUCAGAUUUUCCUCAGACUUCAGGGAGGACAUUUUGACCUGGCUGACAGGAUGUUCCACAGUAUGCGUGAAGCCUGGCUCUCUGCCUCCAAACACAACAUGGCCGACGUCAAGGAGCUCAUCCCUGAGUUCUUUUAUCUGCCCGAGUUCAUACUCAACGCUAACAACUUUGACCUGGGGGCCAAGCAGAAUGGCAUCAGGCUGGGUGACGUCAUCCUGCCGCCCUGGGCCAAGGGAGACCCACGGGAGUUCAUCCGAGUGCACAGAGACGCUUUGGAGUGCGACUACGUAUCGGCCCACCUCCACGAAUGGAUCGACCUGAUCUUCGGGUACAAGCAGCAGGGCCCGCCGGCUGUUGAGGCAGUCAACGUCUUCCACCACCUGUUCUACGAGGGUCAGGUGGAUAUCUACAACAUCAACGACCCACUCAAAGAGACAGCCACCAUCGGUUUCAUCAACAACUUCGGACAAAUCCCCAAACAGCUGUUCAAGAAGCCUCAUCCUCCUAAACGGGUCCGCAGCAAAGCCAACGGUGACGCGUCGAGCGUUCCUCCAAGCUCCAACGGCGACAAGAUCUUCUUCCAUCAUCUGGACAAUCUCAGACCUUCUUUAGCCCCAGUAAAAGAGCUGAAAGAACCUGUGGGACAGAUCGUGUGCACGGACAAGGGGAUACUUGCUGUGGAGCAAAACAAAGUUCUGGUUCCACCCACCUGGAGCAAGACCUUCGCCUGGGGCUACGCAGACCUCAGCUGCAGACUCGCUAACUAUGAGUCCGACAAGACUGACGACAGUCUCCGCAAGUAA